AGAGCACCGGAAGGGACUUGUCAGGACGGUUAGGAAAAGGGAAAGGAAGAGGAGGGGCGAGAAACAUGGCGUCUGUGCUUGCUGUUUGUAGUGGUCUAGGGAGGACAAAGUUGACGCACUUUUUAAAGACUACUGUUCGUCUUACACAUCCGGGGACUCACACGGUGUUUUGGAAAAAUUAUUCACAGUAUCAACAGAUAACAAGCAAUGAGGACAUGCCCAUUCCAAUGGAAAACCCUUAUAAGGAGCCUCUUAAAAAAUGUAUCUUGUGUGGAAAACGUGUAGAUUAUAAGAAUGUACAGCUUUUGUCCCAGUUUAUUUCUCCAUUUACUGGAUGCAUUUAUGGAAGGCACAUAACAGGUCUUUGUGGGAAGAAACAAAAAGAAAUCACAAAAGCAAUAAAGAGAGCUCAAAUAAUGGGAUUUAUGCCAGUUACAUACAAGGAUCCUGCAUAUCUCAAAGACCCUAAAGUUUGUAAUAUCAAAUAUAGGGAGUAAAUUAUGUUAUCAUCAAUAAACUUAUUUUACAUGAAUGGUUGUGUGAGGCUAAUAAUAAUUUAGAGUCUUAAGAUUUAAUAAACUUUGCAUAGAAAGUAUACUAAAUCUUCUCAAACUAAGUUUUUAACUUAAUUUGAAAACUUAGGAAAAAAUGUUUCAGGAGUGAAGCUUCCUCUUCAUACCAAUGAAUGUUAAGAAAACAUAAUUUAAAAUGUUAUUACUUUGGGGGCCUCUCUGGUGGUGCAGCGGGUUGAGCACAGUGCUAUGAAGCUGUCCACAGCCUCUGCAGCGCAGGUUUGAUUCCUGGCCAGCCAGGGAGAUACCCACAUGGCGAGGCAGACCUCUCCUGUCUCGCCCACUGCUCCCCUCAGCAGUGUAUUUUGGUCAGUCUGCCUGUUCUGCUCCCUGCUCUGUCUCUGGUGAAUCCUCUCACCCUCCCGCGCCUCUGGCCUGUACCCCAGUUCUUGUAUAAAAAUAAAUCUUUUAAAAAAUUUUUUUAAAAAUGUUACUACUUUUUACAUGUAUGAAUAAAAAAAAAAUGGUGCUAUAGGAUUGUCAUUUUUGUCUAGUCCCCAGAUAGGCUCAUACUAUUCAUACAAUACAUACAAUACAUACAAUAGGCUCAUACAAUACAUACAAUACAUUCAUACAAUACAUACAAUAGGCUCAUACUAUUCAUACAAUAGUAAACCUCUAGUAUGGGGAUAUAAAACAUGGAAGUGAUGCUUUAUUGAAAUUUUAUUUUAGGCCCAGAUUCUGUCUUAUGAGAUUUUAGGGACAUGGGUGUAGGAAAAAUAAAAUGCUUGUGUAAUAGACCCAUCACAUGUAACAGGAUAUGGACUUGAAAUUACUCAGGAAGAUUUUCUAACUAUCAUAUGUGCCUGGCUAGGACAGUGGGUCUUUGGUUUGUGGAGAUGUUACAUGGGUCAUGAGGAUGUAUUGUGGUGAUAUCACAGAACCUGGUAUUUACUCCACGACUAUUCUAUUCCAAAUUUGGUAGUGUCCUUUAAAUACACUAUACAGGCAGUCUGUUACAUCACUUUAUCUUACUCCAGUAAUGCAAAUUAAUUCCAAAAGAUGAGUAACUGGGGGAAAAAUGUCCUAUAAUGGACACUUUUCCUCCUUUUCAUUGGAUAGCUUGAAAGUUGGGUCAUCUAACUCAAUUAUGGAAACAUGGCUGUGUACUGACCUCAGCAAGCUUCUCACUAAAUUUAUUAGCAGUGCUGUCUUCAAAGGAGACUGGUAAUUGUGCAAAAAUGAGCUUAAUACUUUUGUAGCUUCUCCAUAGCAAUUUAGCAAACUGAGCUUGUACGAAGACCCAUGUAGACUUUUAUUUCAGUAAGUAAGCAGUCUUUGAAAAAAAAUCUCAAUCUUGUCUUCAGAAGACAUUUGCGUGUUGGCUUGCUGCUUCUAAGUUCCUAGUCUACUUUGUAUAUCGUUUUAUUAAUUUGUUGAUUGAAUUCAAUCAUUGUGUUGUGUGAUAAGUUCUAGUAUGCUCUGGUUGUGUUUGUAAUUAAAUUAGGGUUUAGACUGACAGCAUAUUUCCACUCCUUCUGCCCUGCACUACAUCACAGUAAUCAGUAAAUCAAUCCCAGCAGAAACUCAUUAUUUGUACAAAUCAUCUAUAAUGCUAUGUGGGUUUCAAAAGCACUCCAUGGUAAUGCAUAUUUACACAGAUAAAAGAUGACAGCUUUUGAUAGUAGCUAUGAAUCUAUUAUUUAGUAACAGAUGGAAGUACAAUGGUCAGAAUGUGUGUUUGCAGUCUCAUCCACUGAAUGAAAUACAAAGGCUUCAUGUGAUAUACAUGCUUCAUGGAAAAUUCUCACAAGUAUGGAAAAGACAAACACUAGACAACAAAAGGUCUCUUAGCUGCCACUUCACUAACUCACGGGAUUACACUGGGCUUUACAUCCUUCCUAAAUAUCACAUUAAAGCCCAUGAGCCGUGCAUUGUCAAGAGUCAGGUAUUUUGUUCUUAGAACUGUGUCAGUUUCAUUUGUUAUUGUACUGAUAAAAUGUGAGCAGUAAGUUGUUUUUGCAGUGAAUAUUAAAUGACUUGGAAAAACAAA